CUGCAGAUCCUUCUGAUGAUGAUGAUGAAGUGGAAAAAGCAACCACUACAACUAGAGCAAUGAAACAAGACAUGGCCUCCAAACCUGCUGCAUCAAAGAAAAGAAAACAGCCUGCUGAAUGCGUUCUGACUCAGCCUGAAAAACAAAGAGAACGCACUGAGAAGACAAAAAGGAGAAGGAAGAAGAAAAUUUCUGAUGUUCUUGCAAAAUCAUCUCCUAAACCAGGAGUCCCUGAAGACCUGCAAAAUCUACUUAAUCGGCAUUUUGGUACUAAACGUUCAGUAAUUGAACUAGAAGAAUUAAAACUGCCAGAUUCCUGUUUCCUGCCAGCCAAUGACCUCACACACAGUUUUUCUUCAUACUUGAAGGAAAUCUGUCCCAAAUGGGUAAAGCUUCGUAAAACUCAUAAGGAGAAGAAGUCGGUGUUGAUGCUGAUUCUUUGCAGCUCUGCUCUCCGUUCCCUGGAGCUUAUUAAGUCAAUGACAGCAUUCAAAGGAGACUGCAAAGUUCUGAAAUUGUUUGCAAAACACAUAAAGAUAAAAGACCAGAUGAGCCUGCUGGAGAAAGGUGUCACCCACCUGGGUGUUGGGACACCUGCGAGGAUCAAAGCGCUAGUAGAGCAAGAUGGCCUUAGCUUGAACUCCUUGAAAUACCUGAUUUUGGAUUGGAACUGGAGAGAUCAGAAGUUAAGGAGAAUGAUUGAUAUCCCUGAGGUAAAGAAAGAAACAAUCGAUCUUCUGGAAAUGGGCGUUAUAAAGCUGUGCCAAGAGGGCUCUGUGAAGCUGGGACUCUUUUAGUGGUGUAACUAACUGGGAUGACUUUUGCAGGUGUAUUUCACUUACUGUCUUGUCUGUUAUUACUAACUGUGCAAUGGCUGACUGUUCCAUUCUCCAGGCGCCUAGCAGAAAUACCUACUUUGGGAGCUCCCUUUUCUUUUUAUAAUAAAGUAAAGAUCACACCCCCCCCAAACAGGAGGAGGUGUAGUUUUUGUGUAGUUUUUGUGUUGGGGAUUGUUGUUGCAUGAACACUGUUGUGCUGAAAUUCCAUGUACAUUGACAGUAAAAUAGUGACUCUGGAUUUUUAUCAUCCUAAA